AUGCCUGGUGGAAGAAACCAAGGCAGAGGCGGUCGAGGUGGCCGUGGAGGAAGAUCUGCACAGCAGACUGGUCGAGGGUCUCACGGCAAGAAGGCCAAAAGACCGAAGCAAUACCAUCCUCACAAUCCUGACUUUACUCAUGGGCAGGUGACGAUAUACUUGCUUGAGGCUAUUGCACUCAAGAGCUUGGACUACGCUCAAUAUAUGAUCUGGAGUGUGAGAAACAUGGCCCAUGUGAACUUUGAGGCUUUAAGAGGUACUCAGACUGUCUACAAGCCAGGAAAGAACGAUUCCGAGUUCUUCAAAAGUUCAAGACAGGCUCAACUUGAUAGGAACUGGGAAAAUCUGAAUGUCAAGAUUGACAAGAGAGAGGUGAUCUACACCACGAACCAAUAUACCGUGGCUGCGAUCAUCACUAAGCAUUACAUCACUCAAGCAAUGAGAGAUAAGUUAAGCAAUGAAACUGAUUGGUUGGACCUCAAGGAAGACCAUGUGAUGCUGUUGAAGCGUAUAAAGACGUUCAUGACCAUCACGGAUGAGACCGAGUGGCAACACUUUGGACUCAUGGAAUCUCUCAAGAGAUUCACGAACUGCACUCAGAAGCAAAAUGAGUCUGUGAACGAUUACAGAAGGCGGUUCGAAGCUCAAGCUGACCAAGUAUUCGAAAUCCUUGGCAUCGAUGUGUUGCAUGUCUAUGCGACCAAAACAAUGGGGUACCUGGAUCUGUACAAUCCGGAGGACGAUCCGGACGAUACCAAGGCACUGCAAGAAACGUUCAAGAAAGAAGUUCUGGAAACAUUUAAAGCAAGUGCAUUUUUCUGCAACUGCGACAGGACUCGCUUCCAAAGCAUGUUGGACAAGGCGAACCAGACCUACGCCAUGGAAUUCAAGGAAUACAAUCAGAGAAACGAAUACCCAACAACGAUUGACCAGGUCGCAAAAGCGCUGAUCAAACAUAAGCCGGACAAUCGAAAGAAAGGUCCGACGACACCGAGAUAUACUCCAAGACCAAACACUGCAAGCGGUAGUGCCCCUGACGGAGUGAGCAACGCACAAGCGAAUGCUCGAACAUCAUCUUCACGACCGGCUUUUAGUUGCUGGUGUUGCGGAGAUACUGGCAAUGGGGUCACCCGUUGUCCCGAACGCUCCACGCGCCCACAAGCGGAAUGGAGCGACCCAGGGCGAUACAGCGACGCACCCACUACUACUACUUCAAGACGAGCGGGGAGAGCCAAUCUCCAAGUCACUGCGGCUGCAUCUGCGGCGCAGUCGGAUGCCGCGUCUAGCGUCACGGGAACGCAAUCAACUGGUCAACAACAUCAAAGCAAUAUGCAACGAGCUGUUGUUGACAGGAGUGGAAAUGACACUUCUGGUGCUACUGAUGUACCCGGCUCUUAUGUGGUACGAGGCAGAUCUGUUGCUGAUGGACGAUCUAACGGUAGAAUUACAGGAUGGAACCUUGCACAAGUGCGUGUAAGACCGAUUCUGAAGAAGAAAGCAGUCUCCACUGAAGACAGGGGAGAGUUGCUAAUGAAGAAAUGA